AUGGCACUCUCAACUAGCGUCCUGGCCGCCAGUGACACUGUUGAUCUUUCCUACACCUCCGACGGUGUCCUCCACAACCAAACAGUAACAUCAGGCGAAUGGACUUACCUGGACUAUCCGCACGUCUUCCCCGGGGCAGAGCUUUUCGGAAAGUACAGUACUGAUAGUUAUCUAAUGACAGAGGCCUUAUCACGACCUUUCAAAGUAACGGACCAUGCAGCAUUGUUAACGGAUAAUGAUAGGGACCCAUUGCAGCAAGAUGGUAUACAGGUAGAUGCGGGCGAUUAUACUUAUGAUCCCGGUUUCAAUGCUACGAUGGUCCUAUGCCUCAAUCCCGACCAGAUAAUAUAA